GCCCAUUCACUGUUCGCUCGGCCAGAAGUGGUGUAGUGCGGUCACUGUUUACGAAUAUGUUUAUUGUGGUUACACGUGCAAUAACGGUGAUUUAAUUUCUGAAAAACGUGGAAAUUAUGGACUUAUAUAUUGCUUUGACAAUUCUCUUAUCAAUAUGGACAUGGAUACCACCCUGCAGCGCCGAAACCAACUCGUCGACCCUCCCUUCGCGCCUUAAACGAGAACCGCCCAUCUACCACUCCAUAAAACACUCGUACGGCCCGCCCCCUCGCCGUAAACCCAAACCCAUUUACGGCCCGCCCCCUCGCCCGGUGUACGGCCCUCCCUCUAAACCCAAACCGGUUUACGGUCCUCCCAAACCCAUAUACGGGCCUCCGACACCCGUGUACGGGCCUCCGAAACCCGUGUACGGGCCUCCGCCCACCAAUUACGCGCCGCCCUCUUUCCACCCGCCUUCGCCCAGUUACGGCCCGCCCUCCUUCCAGCCGUCGGUGCCUUCAUCAGGGUACGGAGCUCCGUCUCCCAGCUACAGUCCUCCGGUGCCUCCUUCCGCUUCGUACGGCGUUCCCGUUCAGUAUGCGCCGCCUUCGAGCAACUACGGACCGCCUCCUUCGUACAACUCGUACGGACCGCCUCCGUCGCAGUCGUAUGGAGCGCCGCCGUCGCAUUUUUCUGGAUACGAGUCGCAGACGACUUCGUAUAGUCAUUCGUCCCCGAGCUAUGGCAUCCCGGAAGUGACGUACCACCAAGCGUAUGACAUUCCGCAGAACUUCCACACGCAUCCGCUGACGUAUGACACGUCAUCGGCGAGCUAUGGCACUCCAGGUGCGCUGAAUUCGUAUGGAGUGCCGGCGACUCAGCACGAAGCACCGAUUCACUAUGACUCGCCAUACCAUAGGACCGAGCAGGUGGCACCAAGCGGAGAAGUUUUUUCAUCAAUUACGGAUCCGUAUAGUGCUGAUGGUAGUAACAAUUACGUGAAGUUUGACGAAACGACGAGGAAUACCUUGGUUAAGUUGGAAGCGCCUGAUCCCACGGUGACAUAUGGAAAAGUUGAAACAACUUCCAAAGUUCCGAAUCAUAAUUAUGACGGACCGGGGGUUCAGGAUGAUUCUUUGGAAACGUAUAUCAACGACAGGAAGAAGCAGUUGCAGAAAUUGAAACAUUUUUACAAGUUGAAGAAUUUGGAUAACUAUUCUAGUGACGUGGAAGUACAAAAAUCGCAUUCUUUUGACUUUUACGGCGGGAAAUCUCACGGUUUGAAUGAAAAGAGAGUUCCGCAUCGUAGCCCGUAUAGAACGCAUUAUCAUCAUCUUCACUACCAUCACUAACCUUCACUUUGAAUAUAUUUAUUUUCACUAAUGUACUUUGUUUAUGUAAAUAUUUAUGUGACAAAAACUGUAUUAUCAAUAUUUAUUGUACUGACUUUACCAAAGAAUUAAUAAAUAAACUACAUUGUUGA